GUGUGAGCUCUGCUAUGAAUCAGAGUGAGGACAGAGAGGAGGGAGUCCCUCCCUCUAAAAGCUCUCUGUGUGGGGAACAUGACAGCCAGACCAAAGCUCAGAGCCCACAACACACUCUGAGACCAGAAUCUGCUGGACCUGGACCUGGACCUGGACCUGGACCUGAACCUGGACCUGAACCUGGACCUGAACCUGGACCUGAACCCAGCUGUGUGUCCAUGAAGAGUGAGCGGUCUAUGUUUCGACCUGUGAACUUCAAACUCGGCCAUCAGUCUGCUGGUCAAAGGAUCCAUCAGCAGAGACCAGAUUCUCCUGAAUCCAGCUGUGUGUCCACGAAGAGUGACCAAGAUGGACACCACUCAGCUGAUGAAAGAUUUAACCAGGAGAGCUCAAAUGUCACGACUACUGAUAAUCUAAAUAGAUGUCACAGAAAGACAGAUACAUCUGUUCAUCGAGGACCCAGUGCUCCAGUGUGCCAACAAAAACUUAAAUCUAACCUGCAGAAGAAGUUCCAGUGUGUGUUUGAGGGGAUUGCUAAAACAGGAAACCCAACCCUUCUGAACCAGAUCUACAUAGAGCUCUACAUCACAGAGGGAGGGACUGCAGAGGUCAAUGAUGAACAUGAGGUCAGACAGAUUGAAACAGCAUCCAGGAAACCAGACAGACCAGAAACAACAAUCAGCUGUGAAGACAUCUUUAAAGCCUCACCUGGAAGAGAUGAACCAAUCAGAACAGUGAUGACAAAGGGAGUGGCUGGCAUUGGGAAAACAGUCGUAACACAGAAGUUCACUCUGGACUGGGCUGGAGACAAAGCCAACCAGGACAUACAGUUCAUGUUUCCAUUCACUUUCAGAGAGCUGAAUGUGCUGAAAGAGAAACAGUUCAGCUUGGUGGAACUUGUUCAUCACUUCUUCACUGAAACCAAAGAAGCAGGAAUCUGCAGGUUUCAAGACUUCCAGGUUGUGUUCAUCUUUGACGGUCUGGAUGAGUGUCGACUUCCUCUGGACUUCCACAACACUGAGAUCCUGACUGAUGUUACAGAGUCCACCUCAGUGGAUGUGCUGCUGACAAACCUCAUCAGGGGGAAACUGCUUCCCUCUGCUCGCCUCUGGAUAACCACAAGACCUGCAGCAGCCAAUCAGAUCCCUCCUGACUGUGUUGACAUGGUGACAGAGGUCAGAGGGUUCACUGACCCUCAGAAGGACGAGUACUUCAAGAAGAGAUUCAGAGAUGAGGAGCAGGCCAGCAGAAUCAUCUCCCACAUCAAGACAUCACGAAGCCUCCACAUCAUGUGCCACAUCCCAGUCUUCUGCUGGAUCUCUGCUACAGUUCUGGAGGAUCUGUUGAAGACCAGAGAGGGAGGAGAGCUGCCCAAGACCCUGACUGAGAUGUACAUCCACUUCCUGGUGGUUCAGUGCAAAGUGAAGAACAUCAAGUAUGAUGGAGGAGCUGAGACAGAUCCACACUGGAGUCCAGAGAGCAGGAAGAUGAUUGAGUCUCUGGGAAAACUGGCUUUUGAGCAGCUGCAGAAAGGAAACCUGAUCUUCUAUGAAUCAGACCUGACAGAGUGUGGCAUCGAUAUCAGAGCAGCCUCAGUGUACUCAGGAGUGUUCACACAGAUCUUUAAAGAGGAGAGAGGACUGUACCAGGACCAGGUGUUCUGCUUCGUCCAUCUGAGUGUUCAGGAGUUUCUGGCUGCUCUUCAUGUCCAUCUGACCUUCAUCAACUCUGGAGUCAACCUGCUGGAAGAAGCAUGGUUGCCUGAAGUUGUUAGAGAUAACUCUCAACUAAUACAUCUGCACCAGAGUGCUGUGGACAAGGCCUUACAGAGUCCAAAUGGACAUCUGGACUUGUUCCUCCGCUUCCUCCUGGGACUUUCACUGCAGACCAAUCAGACUCUCCUACGAGGUCUGCUGACACAGGCAGGAAGUUGCUCACAGACCAAUGAGUACAUCAAGAAGAAGACCAAGGAGAACCUGUCUCCAGAGAGAAGCAUCAACCUGUUCCACUGUCUGAAUGAACUGAAUGAUCGUUCUCUAGUGAAUCUGAUGCAAUGGCACCUGAGUUCAGGAAGUCUCUCCACAGAGGAACUCUCUCCUGCUCAGUGGUCAGCUCUGGUCUUCAUCUUACUGACAUCAGAAGAAGAUCUGGACGUGUUUGACCUGAAGAAAUUCUCUGCUUCAGAGGAGGCUCUUCUGAGGCUGCUGCCAGUGAUCAAAGCCUCCAACAAAGCUCUGUUGAGUGACUGUAACCUCUCAGAGAGAAGCUGUGAAGCUCUGUCCUCAGUCCUCAGUUCCCAGUCCUCUAGUCUGAAAGAUCUGGACCUCAGCAACAAUGAUCUGCAGGAUUCAGGAGUGAAGAAGCUCUGUGCUGGACUGGAGAGUCCACACUGUACACUGGAAAGUCUCAGGCUGUCAGGCUGUCUGAUCACAGAGGAAGGCUGCUCUUCUCUGGCCUCAGCUCUGAGCUCCAACCCCUCCCAUCUGAGAGAGCUGGACCUGAGCUACAAUCAUCCAGGAGACUCAGGAGUGAAGCUGCUGUCUGCUGGACUGGAGGAUCCACACUGGAGACUGGACACUCUCAGGGUGGACCAUGGUGGAGAACAGAGACUGAAACCUGGUCUGAAGAAGUAUUUCUGUCAGCUCACACUGGACACAAACACAGUGAGCACAUACCUCAAACUGGAAGACAACAACAGGAAGGUGACAUGUGUGGAGGAGGAUCAGUCGUAUCCUGAUCAUCCACACAGAUUUGACUGCUACUGUCAGCUGCUGUGUGGAGAUGGUCUGACCGGUCGCUGUUACUGGGAGGUGGAGUGGAGAGGAGAAGUUUAUAUAGCAGUGACUUACAGAGGAAUCAGAAGGAAAGGAGACAAUGAAGAGUGUGUGUUUGGAAGGAACCAUCAGUCCUGGAGACUGAGCUGCUCUGAGUAUGGUUACUUUGUCUGGCACAACAACGAUCAAACCUUCCUCCCACUCCCUCUGUCGUCCUCGGUCUCUGACAGAGUAGCAGUGUAUGUGGACUGUCCUGCUGGCUCUCUGUCCUUCUACAGAGUCUGCUCUGACACCCUGAUCCACCUCCACACCUUCAACACCACAUUCACUGAACCUCUUUAUCCUGGGUUUGGGAUCGGAUCCAAGUCUGAGGACGUUCCUGGUUCUUCAGUGUCUCUGUGUUCUCUGUAAGAGUCUCCUCACGACACUGACUAAAAAUCAGUGAAAUCAUCAUUCAUUGUCUGUAUCACUAACAAAUCUACCGUAUCACUUUGAAUUGCGUCAUUGUAAAACUUAGUUACUCACCUGUUACGAUGUCCGAUGUGAUUGAGCGGAGCUUCGAAUAAACCAGAGCGAUCUCCUUCAAACCAACUUUAAAAAUCUUUAAGUUGUCAUAUGUUUCGCCUUGCUGAGAAAGUGUAGGGGUGUGGAUUAUUCCAUGACUCUAUGAUGAUUGAAUGAAUCUGAUGUGACCAUGAAAGACCUUCAUUAAUGGAAGAGAUUCAUGCCCUGAUGGGUUCUAGCCCACCAAGUGCCACCAAGCUUCAGUACGCCACACACUGUAUCCCAUUGUGGCACCCGGGCAUUUUAAAGGAGCUGGACCACCUUAACCCAGAACAGUUCCUUUGUUUGGAUGAUAUGCAACUCCACUA